CACAUUCGUUCUUAGCCAAAGAACAUUAGUGAACUGUUUUUAUUAAACACCAGUCUCAAGACCUUGGCUAUAUUUUCCCUGGUGUCUGCUGCACUCCUGCACUUCGGAAGAACUCUCUGUUCUCUAACAGGAGCUCCAACGCCCAGGCUCCCUGCCUGAUGUGGCCCCUGCCUGCUUCUUCAGCCUCGCAGUCUUCCCCGCUGCGCAUCUUGCGUUAGCCGCAGUAUCUCCACCUACCCCGCACCCUACCCUCGCCAACGCCCACACCCCCGCCCCGACCUUGUGUCUGAAGUUCAGGGCAAGUCGGCCAGGACGGGGCCGCCCUUCGCGGUUCCUCUCAGUUAAAUGUCCUCGCAUGGAAGAGGCCUUUCCUCACCCCUCCUCUGCGGAGUACCUUCCCUGGUAUGUCAGCCUCAACCCUUUAUUUCCUAUAAAGUGCUUAUCAAAAUCUGUGAUCUUCGCCUUUGUUUUACCUUGUAGCAUGACUAAAAACCCCGGAAAGUCCAUUGACCCCGCUGCGCUGCCCACAGCGCAGCGCUCUGCGCGACUCACUGGCUAGGUCUGUCUUCCCAGGGUGACGGAACCGACCGCUCAGGCUCUGCCGCAAAUUCUGGUUUUAACCUUCUUGGUCAACUAGGUGCGGUUCCACCCCGAGGGUCCAAGCAGGAAGCACUAUUUUCCAAGACUCUCUAGGAAUCCCGAGUCUGUGAGCAAUAAUUGUGGGCGGUGCAACUAUGGGCACCUGGAAGGAUCCUGGCUCCGCCCCCGCGGGAGUCCGGUAUUUCAAGACCUUCGUCUUUAAAAUCUGCCCCUUCAACUUUCUGACAGGGCGGGGCGACGAGCGCAGCUGUCCCCUGCAUCCUUCAACCCGGUUGGUGCUCACGUGUGUAGGGCUGUUCAAUAACAGGUCUUCUUCCGGAACUUCCCGGUCGCCGCGGCCAAUCAAAGUGUUCUUCCUGUCCUUAUCCUUGUCAGGCUGCUGCCAAUCGGCGCGCCUCUACCAACGCCCCUUAAAGGCGCCGCCACCGCCUCCCGAGCCGCGGCGGACCAAUUCCUCGGUUCCGGCCCCCGCCGCAGUAUGGAGUCGUCUCGGGGGCGGCCGGGGCCAGAGGCGGGCCUUCUGGCCGUAGCGGAACAGGAGGCCUCGAUUUUCCGCGGCGGGCCAGACCGAACGCCCCCUAGGCCGCCUUCGGGCUUGAUGGUGUCCGGGGAGGAAGAGGCGGAGGACGCUGGGGGCGCCAGCCGCCACCUCAGGGCGUCCUCGAAGGCUUCGAGCGCUGGCAUCGUCCGCCGGCCCGAACGCGAGGCGGGGGAGGUCGCGUCCGGCCGCGGAACGACGCCGUCUGGACCCGGGAGCCGCCGCGGAGCGCCAGGUCGCGAGCACGACCCGCCCUCGCCCUCCCGGGACAGGGACCCCGAGCUGCCCGAAGAGAAGCCCGCUUCCGAGAGGCUCUGCCGUCGGGGGAGCCCGCGAGGCGGCGAGAUGGAUGCCGAGCAGCUACAGAGGGGAGAGCAAGACAGCGGCGAGGAGGCGGAGGCGGAGGGCAGGGCUGGCCGCUCGUUCUGCAGCCGCCUUCAGGACAGCCGCAGCCUGGACGGACUGAGCGGGGCGUGCGGCGGCGCGGGGGCCGAGUCCGGCGCGGGCGGCGGACGCCGCGCCACCAUCUCCAGCCCUUUGGAGCUGGAGGGCACAGUGAGCCGCCACGGCGACCUCACCCACUUCGUCGCCAACAACCUGCAACUCAAGAUCCGCCUGAGCGCCGCCCCGCCGCCCCUCCCGCCUGCCCCUGCGCGGCCCUGCCUGACGCCCGCGCCCACUCCCACCAUCCCGCCCAUAGACGCUGACGUGCUGCGGGACCUGGAGCGGCUGAGUCGGGAGCUGGGCGGCCGGGUGGAUCGCCUGCUUCGCGGGCUGGGUGGCGCGGUGCAGGAGCUGACGGCGCUGAGCGUGGGCUGCAUCCAGACCUACCGAGACGCCGUGGACUCCUUAGGCGAGGCCGUGGACAUGAGUAUCAAGGGCAUGUACACCCUGCUGGCGCGCUGCGAGGAGCUGGAGCGGGCUCUGCAACCGGUUCAGGGGCUGGCUCGUCAAGUCCGAGAUAUCCGACGCACGCUGGAGGUGUUAGAGGCACUGUGCAAAUAAGCUGGAGAGCGCAGAGGCCGGGACUGGCCAGGGCAGGGCCCCGCAGGACCUUAAAGACUCUUCUAGGAGGCCUGGUGGGAGCCGCCUGCCUGAGAGGAGGCCUCUGUGCUGGAGGAUUUCCCGCUGCGUCUAGCUGGCCCGUGCCCGCCCACUGGGCCUUAGGGAGGCUAUAGGGGGAAGGUCUGACAGUUCUCCGGAUGGGAGGGAUGUUGCCCUGCUUCUACUCUGUUGGCCUUCUGUAGCUACCCUGUUCUUACCAGCUCCCCCUCCUAGCUAGAGCACCAUCCCUAGGAAGCCAGGGCCUGAGGUCUCAGCUUGAGGGUGGAGACCUGACUCCACAUGAGAUCAAGACAAGGAAACGGAGAGUGCUGUAGCCCCAGUGUGGCCAUCCUGGUUCCGGUGGCCACGUCUCAGGUCCCAGGGGCUUUGGGAGCUUGAGUGUAGGCGACGACGCACAGCUGCAGAUGGAUGACCUCCACUCCUACCCUCUGGUCUCCUACAGUAUCACUUCGCCAGCCAGAACUGGGGUGGAGCCAAGAGGAACGCACUGCAUGGCGGAGGGGGUGAGGUGGGAGGUUUCUUGCUGCUCAGGGUUCAGGUAGAAUUGUUGCUGGUCUUGAAACCCACCUGUUGUGGAAUGUUCUAAUGCGUUUUGGCUUCCUGGAUUUUUGUGGAAUUAAAGUGCUGCUGCUGCUAAGGCUGAAA